AUGGCAUCCGACUCGGACAGCUGGGAAGACAUCUUGGAUGACGAACUACCCUCAAUCCGUUCUAGAAAAGAUUCCCUCAUCCCCGUCCCCGACGACAUGUCUCGUCCUGGAGACGAGCUUUGUGGUAUCUGCAAAGAACUCAAGCUGGCACCGAGACGAUUCGUUGUUCUCCCGGGCGACGAGGAACAUGGCCAAACGAACAAGCCCGACAAGCUGUCCAUGCACCUCGGUCAGGUGGAAGAUAUGAGGAACAAGACGAACUGCCCGCUGUGCCGUCUGGUACUCGCAGCUCUAGGCGGAGACAAAGUCCCAACGCAUCAGAACGACGACCCGGUCGUGGUGGACUUGAGCUGGAACACCAACGGCCCGUCCUUGGGUCCGUGGAGUCGUCGAGCUGAAGUUCGUAUCCUGAGGCCAUACGCACGCACGCAGAAGGGAGGCUUUGUACCCGAUCUCAACCUGUUCCCUGAAAUCACCCUCUUGGCCAACGACUCACCGACCGAGUCCGUCACCUACUUCAUCCGCCCUGUCCGUAGGGACAUGAUCGAUUUCACCCUGGUGCGAGAAUGGCUGGAUGUAUGUCGGACGCGCCACGGCGAAGCCUGCCGGUCGAAUCCGAUUCUCAAAGAGUUGCGCCGAUCCCAUCCAGCCAAAGAGGUGCCCCAGUUCCGAUGCAUUGAUGUCGAAAACGACUGUCUGGUCCUCCUGCCGGUUGGGUCCCGUUAUGUCGCGUUGAGCUACGUCUGGGGCUCCAAAAAGUUCUUUGCAACCCUCGACACCAACGUCCACGCACUUGAAGAGCCCGGCGCACUGAAAGAUCCCCAGUAUCUGGACCAGAUACCGCCGACCAUCAAGGACGCCAUCGAGGUUGUGAGGGAGAUUGGCAUGAAAUACUUGUGGGUCGACAACCUCUGCAUUGUCCAGAAUGAUGCCGAGAUAAAAACCCCGACGAUCAAGACGAUGGACUUGGUCUACGGUGCGGCAGACCUGGUGAUAGUCGCUGCGGGUAGUCCAAAUGCGUAUUCCGGCAUUGCGGGCGUUCGGCCCAAAUCUCGAGACUGGGGACCACCGGUCGAACAAAUUGCCCCAGGGUUUCGACUGGCGUUUAGGUCUAGGUAUGCCGAUAGUAUGCAAGCGACGCCGUACAACGCGCGCGGCUGGACAUACCAAGAGACUCAUUUCGCCCUCCGUUCUCUCAUAUUCAUUGACGAUACAGUCGCCUUUCGCUGCAGUGGUAACGACGCAUGGGAGGAGCAUGUAUUUGAACGUCCACACGAACUCCGGGGGGGAGGAGGUGGUCACGGCGGCGCAUACGAAGGCGACGAUAUCGGCAAAUACGAAGGCCUCAUCCAAUUCUAUUCGGAACGCCUGCUGUCCCACGCAGACGACGUGUACAAUGCUUUUGCCGGGGUGGCGCGAGAACUGAGAUGCCGGCUCGACACCGACCUCUGUCAUGGAACCCCGACGGUCUACUUUGACUGGUUUCUGCUUUGGGGCCCACUCUCGGAGCAGCAACGCCGUCUUCGGCCCACGACUGGUUUGCCUAUUGGCCCGAGCUGGUCCUGGUCUGGUUGGGAGGGCUGUUCGUGGCCGAGGAUGUGGGACUGGUACAACAGGAGCAUUAAGCGCAUCAAAAGAGCGAUCCGGAAGCGGACCUGGAUCAUUUGGUACGAAAGAGAGAACCACGAGUCGACAAACUGCAGGCGACUUGUGAGACACAACGAAGUGAACGAUGCCGUGGGUUCUAGCUUACGAGCCAAUCGAAACUUUUACGGCUCCCGGUUUCAGCUUCGUUUUGACGGCAUCGACUGCUCGCGGACCGAGCCCACGAAGCUGGCGUUGGCAGAAAUCAACCCUCCAAACCACGUCCCAGAUAUUCUCAGCAGUCGCGGCGGUUCGGGAUUCCUUCAGUUCUGGACGGUGUCGCUCAUCCUCAAGAUCGACGAGCCGACGUCUCCCGACAAAGCCAAAGGACCGCCGCAUCAACGCAAACGGCUCGGGAUCUUUGGCCGCAGCGGACACGAACUCGGUCUGAUCGAGGUACAACCUCCCUGGUAUUCCGGUCCUCAGGAGAGAGAAUUCAUCCUCGUUUGCGAGGGGAGAGACGAGCGGGCGGAGGAUGGCAUGAUCGACGACGAGGAGGGUUGGAGAUACAUGGCCAUGUUGAUCGAAUGGACGGACAAGGACGGUAACAAAACGGCAUUGGGAUCGAUCACUUCCAAUGGCAAGCCUAGCAUGUAUGCUGAAAGAGUGGCCAUUGGGUCUGUGGGAAAGACGGACUUGAACGAGGGGCUUGGGGAUGGAGCGAUUUGGAAGGAAAUCAUCCUCGGUUGA